AUGUGUAAACAGUCUGAUCAGCAGCGGCAAGCCAUCUGGAGCCUCUCUCUCCAGCAAAGCCAGAUACAAGCACACAUCAACCGGGAACUCGGUGCGCCAGCCAACUUUGGGAGCCCCCAAGCAUUCUUCGACGACGUUGAUGCACCUGACGCCUGCAUUUCCCUCCGCCGGUUGGCUCGGCCGAGGGUGGUGCAUCUGGGAACGCUCGCCGCCGAUCCCUCCCCCGUCUCAUCAACAAAACCAAAAACCAAAACCUGCGAGUUAUCAAGCCACACGCGACACCUUGCAUCCGGUGAGCCUUCAAGCGACGAUAAUCCUUUCCCCUUCGUCUCUCGCGGCUAG